CACUACCCCUCAUCUCAAACUCAAAGCCUCCCGAGCUAAAUCGAUCUCAGGGAACACUCAAUGCGAUAGCGCUAUUCCGCAAAACGCCCACUCUUCCGCAGCUUUGCUUACAGUAAACAUACCGACAAGCCAGCAACCAACAACCCCACCAUCCCCCGCCAGUCCUCCGCCAAAAAGAAGAAAGAAAUAAUUAUAAAAGCUACUCUCUGUCCCCCACACAGAGUAUCUUCCUUCUUCAUAUGAUUCAAUGAGCGAUGCUAGAGACCGACAGCCCCCUGCUGCCACCCAACCGGAGGAGGACCAGGAACGAAAUCAGGACCGCUAUUUCAAGAUUCUACGUUACAAACGAUCCGAGUUCCUCGACCACCUGUGGCGGAACUUAGAUCGGAUCACUUAUUGCUACUUCGGCUAUCUAUAUUAUCUAGAUUGUAGCUUUUUCAGGUUCUUCCUUCGAUGCGCUAUUCAGAUGAACUACCUCACUCCGAAACCUAUGGGUCUUCCUAUGGUACCGCAGAAGAGGUCAGAUAUCAUUGCUCUGUUUGGCUCCGGGGGUUUUUGUUUUCUAUGGCAUGUCAUCACAUCUCCCCCUAGUGCUGGGGAACUCACGAACGGUUAUCUGCAUGGCGGGUUGAUAAUAGAUUUUAUUGGACAGGAGGGACCAAUAUCGAAAUGGCGACUAGUGUAUAUGGAUUUCGCCAUACUGUUUCUCCAGCUAGUAAUGCUCACAGUCAUUGCUGUGAAGCACGAUCACGAUGCCGAGAGUGUCAGGAUCGAAGAAGGCCGACAGCCACCACAAGACCUAGACAGUGAGGAGCGAGGAGAGGCUCGGAGAUAUUCAACCUCUUCACACGGAAGUUUCGGUGGGGGAAGUGCACGAGUGCAGGGAGACGAAGAAGCCGUAUUAAUGAACGGAGAUGAGCCUGUUGCCGGCUCAGCGGAGACAAACAUGCAGAAAAGGACUUUUGAGAUAUCAUCCGGGGAGUACUUGAUCGCAAAGAUCGAUAUCGUAGAACAUGUCAAGAAGCAAUGGAACAAGGGCGCCACAGUUACGACCGAUGCACCCGCUAUGCCUCACUUGAGGCCGACAUGAGUUUUGGGACCCAUGGAAGGAUAUCAGAUGACGCUUCUAUUGCCCUUUAAUUUUGCUUCUAGGGGGUACUUUUUGCUUUGGAAAUGUAUAUCAGUUUCUUGCCAUGGCGUUUGGUGCGAACGAUCGAUGGUUUCGGUAUUGAAGGAUCAGAGCUCUCUAUAAUCAGAGGGACACAUAAUCUCCAUCACUGUAAUGUACAAUAGGUUAGAAUACGAUAUGAUAAUCACAACUA